CGAGGUGCAUUAUGGGCAAAGUCGCUGCCGUCCGACCUCUGCAGGCUGCGCCGGAGCUCAUUAUGCCUUUAAAACCUUUAUUUAUUUCCGCAUAACCUCCAUCGCUGCUCCCACCAGGAGGCCGGCGCUCAACGCAGCCGUCGGUACCGAACGGUGAUUGGAUCCCGAACACACCACCGUGCGCUGUACGUCGGAUUCGGGUGGCAGGAAUACAUAGUUUUUAUUGAAGUGUACAUUUUAAUUUACAGAGAAAAUGUCCGAAGAAAGAAACCGCAGGUCGCUGGCUUUUCGAGGAGGCGGACUGGCCGUGAGCGGCUCCGGCGGCACCGGCGCUAACCGCCGGGAGGCCCAGGCCUGGCCGAACCGGCACCUGAACGGCAGCGGGCCGGAACAGGAGGAGGACGGGGACCUGGGGGCCAAAGGGACGUCGGCGGUGCGGCUUGAGGGUGGGGGGUCCGUCAGCGACAGCACAGAGCCGGAGGCGGAGGAGGAAGAGGAUCUGGACGCCGGAGAUGGCGAAGACGAGCAGGUCGGCGGGGAGGACUGGCUCUCCAGCUCGGCCGCGGAAGGUGGCGGAUGGACGGGGGGGAACGACUACGGCGGCGAGGACGGAGCUACGGCCGCGGCAUCAGGGGACGACGACGGGGGCGAGGCGGAGAACACGGCGGAAGAAGAGGGAGCCAAGAAGCCCUGGGUGGGAAUGAGACCGCAGACCCUGCUGCAGAAACACUCGCUCUUCCAGGCGUCCUGGCUGCAGGAGUUUCCCUGGCUGAAGUUCUGCCGAGAAACCGGUUCGAUGUCCUGUUCGUGGUGCCGCGACGUCGGUGCCAGCAGCGACGAGCUGGUCAGGGGCAGCCGGAACUACAAGCGGGCCCUGCUGCUGAGGCACCACCUGUCCGCGGAGCACGGCCGGAAUGACCCCGCCAAGCAGGAGAUGGAGAGGGCAGGAGACCUUGACGGGGAGGAGAUGGAGGGCUACAGGAACAAGCCGAAUGAGAACUCCUACUGCUACCUGCUGCUGCAGGAGCUCAACAAGCAGAGGAAGAACGGCAUCCUGUGCGACGUCAGCAUUGUGGUGGGCGGCCAGGUCUUCAGAGCACACAAGAACAUUCUGGUGGCCGGCAGCCGUUUCUUUAAGACCCUCUACUGCUUGACCAAGAACGAGAGCUGUGACCAAACCACGACAACUCACCUCGAUGUGGCUGCCGUCCAGGGUUUUUCUGUUAUCUUAGACUUUCUGUACUCGGGCAACCUCCUACUCACAAGCCAAAAUGCCAUUGAGGUGAUGUCUGUGGCCAGCUACCUCCAGAUGACCGAAGUGGUGCAAUCCUGCCGGGCGUUCAUCAAGGACGCCUUGAACAUCAGUAUCAAGAACGAAGCGCCCGACUCUGUGGUGGUGGACUACAACAAGCGGCAGACCCUCACCAAAGACGCCAAGGGGUCGGACGGGAAGCCCAGUAACUUCUGGGCCACCAGCAUCCUGUCCAAGCUCUCCAUCCAAGCCAGCGGCCACAUCAAGGAGGAGCCCCACGACGAGGAGAUGUCGGCCGGCGAGGGAUUUCCUCUUGGCCGCUCCGGCUAUACCUGCGACAACUCCUCGGAAUCGGCGGAGAAUGAAUCUCUGGGCACGGGGCCCGUGUUCGUGUGGAACGACAACGCGACUGCCACCCCCGUCAAGAAGGAGGUGAAGCAGCAACCGGGCAGCGCCCGGCGGAAAAACCAGAUCACGCGCCGCUUUGUCUACAACAUCCCGCCCCAGCCUGAGGAGGCGUACGACUAUUGCAUGCUGGUCCAGCCUACAGCGUCUUACCCCAGGGAGGACCUCUUGUUCCUCUCUGAGAAUGCAGAGUUGGCCAAUCAGAUACAGUGCAGCAUAAUGCAAGAUUCCCACCAAGCAGAGUCGUGGGAGAAUGGCGAGUCCUCGGACGUGACGGAGAACAAGCUGAAGUGUCCUCACUGUAGUUACAUCGCCAAGCACCGACGUACCCUGAAGAGGCACCUGAUCAUCCACUCUGGAGUGCGCUCCUUCAGCUGUGACAUCUGCGGCAAGCUCUUUACCCGCCGCGAGCACGUGAAGCGGCACUCGCUGGUGCACAUGAAGGACAAAAAGUACAAGUGCAUGGUGUGCAAGAAGAUCUUCAUGCUGGCAGCCAGCGUGGGGAUCCGGCAUGGGUCCCGGCGCUACGGCGUGUGUGCCGACUGCGCCGACUCCCACCAGGGCUCGCAGGAGGGCCUGGAGGCCAUGCAGGAGCUGGAGUUCUCGCGCGAGGAUGACUUUGAGGAGACCGCGGACGGGGAGGAAGACCUGGCCGACGAGGGGGAGGAGCCAAAUGAGAUUGACCAAUCCAACUGGGAGGAGGGGGAUGGCAGCAGAGCGGGAGCCGCCCUCGAUGAGGACUAGUUCAAGAAAGAAAACAAACACAGCUGGGAAACAAUCAAUUACUCCAAAGUGCUAUCAUUCAUGGUUAUGCAUAUGUGUCAGUGUGUGACGAAACGGGCUUUGGUAGCGUGGGACUCCAAGAUGUACACAUUUAUGUUCCCGACUCUGGGCCCGAGGCUCGUAGGAGGUUGCAAAAUGUCUAUGAAAUCAGGUUUUUGUGAUGUAUUUUUUUUUUAUUGUAGGUGAGGGUGGUGUACAGCAAAAAUUACAGUAGGCCAAUCAUCUUAAGAAAUUUUAAUUAUUUAAUUUAUGAAAAUUCAGACAUAUGGUCUUAUUAAGUAUAAUUUUUUUUUCCUUGUCGUUUGUGUGUGCUGUAAAAGCUCUGUCCUUCCUGUCAGAGUUGAACCUGUUUGCUAUACAACUUUAAAGUUUGAAGCAUUAUGGGCUGUCGUCUGCUGAAAGAUUUCCUUUACUUUAGAUGAGCUUUUUUAGAUGUUGUGAAUAUUGUUUUAUGGAUUUUUUUUUUAAUCCUUUCCCUGUGUAAGUCUUGGAACCAAAAAUCUGUUUUUUGUCUCUAAUGUAUUGCAGCCAUAUUUAUAAAAGGAUUAAUGUGGGCUGUCCUGUUGUGCCAAGUGGAACGCACACCAAGGUUUAGCAGGAAACGAACUACUGAAAAUGCUGAGGGAUGGGGGGGGGGGGGUCAAAUAGAUAUUUAAGGGGGGGGAGGUCUUGUGCCAGCUUUAUUUGAAUCACAGCAUCAGAGGUAACACUUUAUAAAGCAUUUUGACAUUCACUUAAAGCUUGAAUUUGCCAAAUUAUGGAAGUUUGGUGCUGUAAUGCUUAACUCACAAUACUGGACCUACACCUGUAUAUGGUUUUCAUUAAAAAAGGCUAAACUCAGUUAUAUUAAUCAGCUUUCUAUAUAACACUGUUGUACUGCAGACCAUGUUAGGUAUGCUAUGCCAUUUGUUUAUUUAAUGCACAAUUUUUAACUUUUUAUUUCAUUUUUUUUUUUUUUUUUUGAGAACUACCGGCAAUACUUGUAAAUGAUGUAUAUGGUAAUUAUGUAGAUGAGUCUGCAAGAUUAGGUACUUUACAUGCUUGCGUGCUCACAUGAACGUCAGGUAAAGUAUUUCAGACCGAUCAUGAUGUAUGAAGUUCUUUAAAGAGAUCACUUAGAUUUAUUGCAUAAGUCCUACAAUCAGUUGAUAUUAUUUGAUAAAUUGUAUGUGUAUGUUGUGUAUGUCAGAUAGGAUGGCGUUUUCCCUCCUAUCCAAGAUGAAUGCUCAGUGAUGGCUCAUAGAAUCGCACUUACUACUCUGCUUCCUUUGAAAUCUUUUUUUUUUUUUUGUGUCUGAUCUGAAUGGAAAAUUAUACUAUUUUUCCAGUUUGGAAGCUUUUUUAUAGAUGUUUAUUUAAUAUUUUGACUCCAAAUGCAAUCAAGACUGUUAAUUUCUAUUUGUCCAACCAAAAUUGUUGUUGAAUUGCUGUUAAAAUUCUGUAUGGGAAGCCAGGUAUAAUGUAGUGUCCAACCAUGCUUGUCCAUGUCUUUGUCAGAUUUUAAUGUUUUGAUCUAAAUCAUUCACUUUAUCCUAGAUGCAUAUAUUGUUUUUUUCCUCAUUUUUUUUAAAAUUUCUUCAAGCACAUAUUUUAUUAAAAAAUGUCGGGUUAAACCUAGAACAUCCAUUUCUGUUCAAAUGCAGUGAAUCUAUUGAAGUGCUAUAAUGAUACAGAAAAUGUUUUAAAGCUCCCUUUAAAUGAAAUGUAUUUUAAACUGUAUAGAAUAUAUCAUUAUUUACCUUAAAAUCACUGUGGGAGGAAUAUAUAUAUAUAUAUAUAUAUAUAUAUAUAUAUAUAUAUAUAUAUAUAUAAUGAAAAUAUAUAUAGCUAUUUAAGUAGUUGAUUUACAUGAAUGAAUAUGACUGCAGUUACGUUCCAAACCUUAGCAUAGCCUUUCCCUCUUGAUCAGUUUUGUCAUCCAUGGUUAUCCGAAAUACAACCUUAUUUGUUUUUACUUCGGUUUCUGUCUAUCUGAUAAAUUAAAACUAUGUUCAGAUUUUAUGCUGUAAAUUGACGAAACACGCAAAACACUACAAGAUGAGCAAGUAGUUUUUUCAGCCGUAUUUUUUUAAGCUGGUAAAAGAUGUAUUUUUCAGUGACGAUACUAUACAGCGAUGCAAACCGGCAACUGCCAACUCAGAAUACCACAAGUCAGGUUACUCUUUUUAUGUUUCAAGGCUUAAAAUGACAUUUCCUGUUUAAAUUGUACUACUGUUCCUGUCUAAUAAAUUUUAAAAAUAAAACUUUGAUAUAGCUCA